GCCUUGGCUGAAGGGGAGGUGGGAAAAUGGGAUGCGCAGGUUAGACGAGGAAGAAGCGACUUAGCCAAUGAGAGGUCGUUUAGAAAGAUGGAGGCGUGGUCUGAGGAACAGAUUGGCAUAGAGCCAGCCAAUGCUGUGCAGCCGCGGCUUGUGCUCCACGUCGGCAUCGGGGCGACCAAGAUGGAGGCGCUGAUCCUGGAGCCAUCUCUCUACACAGUGAAAGCCAUUCUGAUCUUAGAUAAUGAUGGAGACCGUCUUUUUGCUAAGUAUUACGAUGACACCUAUCCCACCGUCAAGGAGCAGAAGGCUUUUGAGAAGAAUAUUUUCAGCAAGACCCACCGGACAGAUAGUGAAAUUGCCCUCUUAGAAGGCCUGACUGUUGUUUAUAAGAGCAGCAUUGACCUGUAUUUUUAUGUUAUCGGCAGCUCCUAUGAAAAUGAGCUGAUGCUCAUGGCUGUGCUCAACUGCCUCUUCGACUCACUCAGUCAGAUGUUGCGAAAGAACGUGGAGAAGCGAGGUCUGCUAGAGAACAUGGAAGGCCUUUUCCUGGCGGUGGAUGAAAUUGUGGAUGGGGGGGUGAUUUUGGAGAGUGAUCCCCAGCAAGUGCUACAUAGGGUUGCUGUACGUGGGGAGGAUGUCCCUCUCACAGAACAGACAGUCUCACAGGUACUGCAGUCAGCAAAGGAACAGAUCAAGUGGUCCCUUCUGCGAUGAAGAACCAUGUGGGACUUGCUCCAUUGACCUGCUGUCUUCAACUGAACCUCUUGUGUGUUUGUCCUGCACUGACCAAAUUAUAACAUGACCACCAUUUUUUUGACAGAUCUCUAGCUAUUUGCAAGUUUCAUUGCUCUCCUAUUGAUUAUUAGCGCUAUUGUAUGGGGAAACAAACUAGUCAGGGUUAUUGCACGGAUACAUCAUAUUUCAAGAAUAGUCAACUCAGUUCAUUUUAGAUGUUAGUCUCCCUCCUUUUUCCUCAGAAAUACAGUUAUUUAUAAUAUAUUUUAUCCAGUUUCUUCCCAGUAUUACCACUACGAUAGAAGAAAAACAUAUUAACAAAUGUUUACAUUUUUU